GUAAAAUUCUCUAAAAUGCCCCCUCAAGCUUCCUUAACUCAUUUUGAAUAAGCUGAAACAAAAAUUGAGCUCUGAUAGUGAUAUGGAAUCCGGAGGAACAUCAGCCAAGCCAAGCGGCUCCGAGGAGGACCAUCCGUCCACAGGAACGACUCUUAUUGACCCAGUCGGGUAUUCAACCAACCAACCUCCUUCUAACCGACCUGUUCGAAUCUUUGCCCACGGUGUUUUUGAUUUGUUUCACACAGGGCAUGUUCAAUUCUUUGAAGUGGUUAAAACCAUUUUCCCCGACACACACGUCAUCGUGGGGGUGACUACUGACCCAGACACGAUUCGAGUUAAAGGUUUGACGGUCAUCUCGGCAGAAGAUCGUGCACAAGUCGUUAGGGGAUGCAAAUACGUUGAUGAGGUUAUCCAAGAUUGCGAGCCAGUCUUGACGCCAGAGUUCAUGGAUGAGUACUGUAUCGACUACUUUGCUCACGCUGAUACCAAUGAGCCAGAUCCAUAUCGCUUCAUUAAGGAGCAAGGAAAGUUUCUAGUCAUUCCUAGAGUCAAGGAAUGGGGGUCUACAACUCAGAUUAUCUCGCGCGUCAUUCGGAAUCGGGAUGAGUAUGUGCUCCGGCAAUUAAAGAAUGGGGCUUCACGGGCCGAUAUGAAGAUCUCUUGGUUGAAGUUACAGUGGAUUAAAUUACGUAGUAGGUAAACAUAGG